CCCCGUAGCCCCGCGUCCAAGUCCGCGAGGGUGCGCCGCGCGGAUUCUGGAGGUUGUAGUCCCCACCCCGGAUACCCCCGCGCUCCUUCCUUUCCCCCCCGGUCAUAUAAAAACCUCCAGCGACUCCCAGGCCGUCCUCGGGCAGCUCUUUUUCUUCUUGUUGAUGGUUGGACGCUGCGAGAGGAGGAUGAAGUUCUUUGUGGCGGUCACUGUCAUCGUGGGAUCUUUGAUUUUUCUAGCAUUCCCGAAUGGUUCAUCCGCCGACGAGAAGAAGAAGGGCCCAAAAGUCACAGCAAAGGUCUUCUUUGACAUCAGGAUUGGAGAUGAAGAUGUUGGAAGAGUUGUCAUUGGGUUGUUCGGGAAGACUGUUCCCAAAACAGUUGACAACUUUGUUGCCCUAGCAACAGGAGAGAAAGGAUUUGGCUACAAAGGCAGCAAAUUCCACAGAGUCAUCAAGCAGUUCAUGAUCCAAGGAGGAGACUUCACCAGGGGAGACGGCACAGGAGGCAAGAGCAUCUAUGGAGACCGUUUCCCUGAUGAGAACUUCAAGCUGAAGCACUACGGGGCUGGCUGGCUCAGCAUGGCCAACGCCGGCAAAGACACUAACGGCUCCCAGUUCUUCAUCACCACAGUCCAGACUCCUUGGCUGGACGGCAAACACGUGGUCUUCGGAAAGGUCCUGGAGGGCAUGGACGUGGUGCAGAAGAUUGAGAGCACAAAAACAGACGGCCGCGAUAAGCCGCUCAAAGAUGUGAUCAUCCACGACUGCGGCAAAAUUGAGGUGGAGAAACCUUUUGCAGUUGCUAAAGAAUAAAGCGCAGCUGCAGGAAACAUGGGGGGCUGGAGGGGGAACGGGGUUCCAGGGGUUUGUUUGGGCCGGACUGAGCAGUCGGCUCCGCGGCCCGGUGGGAGGAGCUGCCAGUCAUUCAGCAUCCAUGGCUGCCAUCUGUAUACAGCAGAUCAACGGCCGUGACGCCGCUCCGGGUUCAUUCACACACAAUCAUUCCAAACACACACUUGACUCAUCACUGUUGGGUGUUUUGUAAUAAAAAAACAAAAUGAAAUCUGGAAUAAAGGUUUCACAUUUGGAUUAA